GGCCAGUUCCGGCUGUCUGCGGCAAGGGGCUCUUAGCCCUCCUCGGGAGCUGCCGCCGAGGGUCGUCCCCUCUCGCAGAGGGGAGCUGCCGGUCGUCCCCAAAAGUUUCGGGUAACGCUGAGCACCGCGCCGCUCUGUGAGCCACCAACUUUUCUGCUGACUCCUCGACUGCCCCACGCACCGUCAUACUGCGGGAAUCGGGAAUUCGGGGCAUGUCUUCACAAUUACAAAACUGUGUCCUGGUGCCCCUGCGUUUUCAAGCAGUAGAGUGAGUGGCUGGGGCCGGGCUGCAAGUCUGCUGGGCAUGCUGAUAACAGUUCUGUUUGCUGCAGUCAAUAAACAACAUCGUGUAAAUUCACCAGUUUAAAAAAGGCAAGAUCUUGCGUUGACACACUCUUUUUCUUACUCUCCCCCAUCCUAAGAGGAGGAAAAAAGUCCACCUGCAACCCUGCCAGAAGAUUGAGAGCUAUCAAGUUGCCUUCCUGUUAGCUCCAACAUUCCCAGAAUACAGGUGACUUCCGUGGGGACUGCUUGCUGACUUCUAGCAGUGCUUCAGGCAGAAAACAUUGGAAUAAACUAGAAUGAAGAGCAGCACUGCCUGACAAGAGGAACUGUGCAAGCAUUGUUGAGAGCUGGAGCUGUGCCUUGUGUUAAUUGUGAAGCCAGAAAGUUGACACGUGGACAGUGGAAAGGUGAUCCUGGAGGAUCACCUAUACGUAAAGUAGGACAGAAGCUAACAGAUGAGAAGUGGGGAAGGAGGGGGAGCGUUUAAGUGAGAAGAUAUCUGUGCCUUAUUCUGCUGACUGAGCUAAAGUAGCCUGGGCCAGUGUCCAGUAGAACAUUCCUUGGUACAAAAUUUUCUUGCUGUGAUACUUCAGUGGAGGCAUCAGAAAACUUGUUGCUUCUUGAGCCACAAGAGAGCAUUCAUCUUGAUUAAAGAAUAUUUGCAGAUGCUGUCAAUGUCCUUCUACAUGAACAACACAGCUUUUGUCUGGGGGAAAACAGAAGAGGUUCGUGUCUCAGGGGAAGAUGCUGAAGAAGAUGCAGGCAUGCUGAAGAUUUCAGAGAAGUGAGCCAUGUGUCCCUCUGAAAGCUGAAAAGUAGCUCCCUGCUAGGGUCAUGAACCUAAGACAAGUUUUUGUGUCUGUCCUGAUGUUUGGAGUAGCUGGUCUACUCCUCUUCAUGUAUCUGCAAGUUUGGAUUGAAGAACAACAUACAGAGUCUGGAGAAAAACUGCAACAACAGAUAAUUAAUCAGGAUUUCACACUCCCCGCUCUGGGGAUGCCGAGGGGAGCAGCGUGGAGCAGGAGCACUCCUCCUAGCCUUACUAAGCAUGAGAUGGCCAUCUUGGGCAGCAGGCACUGGCGGGGCAAGGCUGACCCAUUUGGUGUGGUGGCUGCCUCCUUGGUGAGCCAAAUCUCUGACCAGCAGAAGAUGAGUGAGUCACCUCUCAGCUGGCUCAGAGGGGUGUAUUUACCUCCUGCACUACACCCUUUAAACAAGACAUUAGUCAAGGAUGGCAAAUGGAAGGAUGUGGAUAGCACCCAGGAAAAGCGCAGGUCCUUCCUGCAUGACUUCUGUAAGAAAUACAACAGCAGAAAGAAGCUUCAAACCCACCUCGUGCACCUGGUGUCAAGAAUUUAUGUGGAGGACAGGCACAAGGUCCUGUACUGUGAAGUGCCUAAAGCAGGCUGCUCCAAUUGGAAAAGAGUCCUCAUGGUGCUCAAUGGACUCGCUGCUUCACCACACAACAUCUCCCAUGACGAUGUGCACUAUGGAAAGCAUCUAAGGAAACUAGACAGUUAUGACUUAAAAGGGAUAUACACUCGCUUGAAUACAUACACCAAGGCUAUAUUUGUACGUGAUCCUAUGGAAAGAUUGGUUUCCGCCUUCAGGGAUAAGUUUGAACAUCCAAACAACUAUUACCACCCAGUAUUUGGGAAGGCAAUAAUUAAGAAAUAUAGACAUAACGCAAAUGAAGAGGCAUUGAAAACAGGAUCGGGAGUUAAGUUCAAGGAAUUUAUCCAAUAUCUGUUAGAUUCCCAUCGCCCAGUAGGAAUGGACAUUCAUUGGGAGCAAGUCAGUAAGCUUUGCUAUCCCUGCCUCAUCAACUAUGAUUUUAUAGGAAAGUUUGAAACCCUGGAAGAAGAUGCCAAUUACUUUUUGCAGCUGGUUGGUGCUCCAUCCGAGCUGAAGUUUCCUAAAUUCAAAGACAGACAUUCCUCUGAUGAGAGAACAAGUGCAGAAGUAGUGAGGCAAUACUUGAAGGAAUUGUCUAAGGAGGAAAGACAGCUGAUCUACGACUUCUAUUACUUGGAUUACUUAAUGUUCAAUUAUACAUCACCAACUGUAUAGCACCAAAAUAGCUUCAGGCUUCUAUUAGAUAUUUAUCAUUUUGAUAUUCAAAACAACUACUUUGAUAUUAGCCCUGAAAGGAAAUGAAGUUGCUGCUAAGUGGAGUUUUCUUGACUUAGUGGGGCUUUUAUAAGCUAGAGUGAUAUCAAUUGACAUUAAAUUAUAGGAGAAUGCACAAAAAAGACCUGUAAACAGCAUAAAUUGCACUAAAAUGCCUGAAAAAGCUGCUUUUACCAUUAUGGAUUAUACUGUGGAAACGGUAGUGCAGCCAGCUGUUGCAUUAGCUUACCUAAUGUUCUUUUACUGGUUUAAGAAAAAAAGUAUUCAGAGAAGCAUGAUUCUUUUUUUGUGUUUGUGCCUGCUUUAGAGAUUGUUUUCAAAACUAUUUUUGAAUGUAAUUUUUUACUUUCUGUCACUUAUUAGUAAAGAAGCAUUGGCUAAUUUUCUAAAAUGUUUGCAGUGUUCUCAGUUGCAAGGUUUGAUUACCAUUAGACUGUAGCUGGUUUUAGACCUGAUUGUUUUUCAUUGAAGGAUGCUCUUGAAUACAAAUGCAUAAAACUAAAAAUAACAUGGCAGUUCAACUGCUGAGCAGAGUAAAUCUUUGUAAGCCUUGAUCUUAAGUCCCUGUCUACAGCCACAUUUUGAUUGAUGCACUAGAGAUGACAAAUAUGACCUUCCUUUCAGAGAACUGCCACAUACAUUAAAAUUAACAUUUUAAUUUGCAGGACAGUCUACCACAUGUUGCAUGCAUUCCAUUGUCCCAGUAUUCAACAUAGUCUUAAUCUUUGGUGAUAGGGCAAAGUGUUGGGAUGGUCACUAUGGGACAUUAUGAUGUCUGUAUUAAGAAGCAACUUCAUUGUAGCUGGUGUGACAACUCUUGGUCUGCCAGUGUCCUACCAUCAGCCCAGCUCCCACGGUCUGUUACAAGGAAGGUGUAUGAUCAUUGCCUUGCAAACCCAUCAGCUGGUUUUGCUCCCAAAGCUUACUGAAUUCACCUGUUUUGGUGUCCUUCCUGCCUUGUCAGCAGCCAGCAAACCUCAGGGUGGAGUGGAUACUGCAGUGUUAUGUGGUGGGAUAGGUACUGGUGAUUAAUCCAAGAGGCAAUUACGUCCAGAGUCCCACAGUCUUGGCUAUAACAGGGAAAGGUGCCUUCUCUCCUCCUCUUCCCUUUUCUCCCCUCAACUGCUAUCUGACCAAUUCCUACAACCUGCAGUUGCACAUGGCAUUGUUGGAGGAGUGGCCAGGGUGUCCCAGGAGGAGGAUAGAUCUCUGCAAAAUGGAUAUCAAGAAAUCCCUAAGCCCUUCCAAAAUAAAGACGAUACUUAUCCUUUGUUUUCUGGAGUGUUUUGGGGCAUCUCACAUGAUGACAUAACAAGUUGCAGAGUAAGGAAACAGCCUGGCAGGAAACUGAUGCAAGUAAAAUGACCUUCCUCUAGAUCCUCUGCUCUUGUGAGUAUUGAAUCCCACCUCAAGCCCUGAAUGAACUCUCUUGCUUUGUAGGGAAGUCAUUGAAGAUAUUGCAUAAAAA